AUGAGUUAGAAAUUAGAGAUUAUUGGAAGAAAAUUAGUUGUAUUUAUAGCAGCUAGUGUUUAUUCUCUUCAUUAUUGGAUAAAUUUUAAUUUAUGGAUAAGAGAAGAGUUUAGCAUACUAUUGUAUAUCCAUUUAAUUGCUUUGAAUAUGAUAUUCAUAAUGCUUUUGUGGUGUUUUAUUGUCAUGAUAACAAUUGAUCCAGGAAGACCGAAAAAGUAUAUUGACAGAUUAAGAUAGAGCAGAUGAAUGUAAUUACUCACCGUUUUCAAAGAAAGGAUUCUGUUAAAAAUGUAAAUGUCCAAAACCUGAAAGAUGUCAUGUAUAAUUUCAAAAAUAUAUUUUAGCAUUGUUCAAUUUGUGAUCGCUGUGUUUUAUAAAUGGAUCAUCAUUGUCCAUGGAUAAAUACAUGUGUAGGUUAUUAAAACAGAAAAUAGUUCAUAUUACUCUUAUUUUAUGCAUUGUUAUUUAAUUUUAUAACAGUUCUAAGCACAACUAAAACAUAUUUGCUAUCAUUUUAAUUUUCAUAUUUUAAUAUGCUUUAUGCUUUAGUUUGCAUUGGUAAUUAUGUUUUAGUUUUUUUGCUUUUUGGUUUCUUAAAAUAUCACUUAACUUUAUUAUAAAAAAAUCAAACAACAUUAGAAGAUCUAAUUAGUAAAAACAAUUAAAUCAUAUUUAAUGUUUAUGACAUUGAUCCAAAUACAAACAUAUAAUAGAUUUUUGGUUUAAAUAAAAUAUUAUGGUUAUUUCCUAUUUAUUCUGGCUUUGGAUGUGAUGAUGGAAAUUAAUUCCCAUUAAAAAAUGAUUAUAAAGUUAUGUAAACUCCUUCUCCAUAAGUGAUUUCAGUGUAAUAAUAGCAUUUUUCAUAUUAUAGCCUUUAUGAACAAUAGUAUGUAAGUAGUGAUAGGAAUGCCAAUGAACAUCCAAUUAUUCAAACUUUAUAUAGAAGAGAAAUGGAAAAAUAAAAGAUUAAUGAGAUUAUUAAAAAUUGA